AUGAACACACUAGUAAGUCACCAAGCUAAAAUAAAAAAAAGUCUAAUAAUUCUUCUACAGAUUUUCCUUAGCAGCUGCCUAGCUUUGGCCACCAGCCAAUUCGUGCCUUUCGACCCUUACACAACAACGGAGCCCACUCGACCAAUAUGGACAGGUCCGCUCGCCAACCACGUGAACGGCAUCCCUCCCCAGGACACACCUGAAGUGGCUGCCGCCAAAGCGCAUCUCGACAAAGCUUACAGUCAAGUUCUAGCCGUGCUUCCCGUUCUGCCACCGGAAGACAGAUAUAGGACGCAACCAAAUUUGGUACCGCAAAUUCCAGUGCAUCAACAUCACCACGUACAACCGCAAGUAGUGCAGCCACAGGCGCAGGUACUUCAGCCCCAGGCACAGGUGGUGCCUCAGUUCACCCAGUUUUCCGAGGAGAUUCCCAGGAGCCCCAUUGGGGAAGUGCCGGAAGUUGCUGCGGCUAGGGCCGCUCAUUUGAAGGCCUUCCAGGAGGCUCAAGCUGCACUUCCUCCAGUGAGGAAUUAGAUUAUUUUCUGUAGGUUUAUUUAUAAAUAUUUUAUUGUUUAGUAAUUGUUUUAUU